CGCGCCUCCCUCCCGCAGCCCAGCCCCGCCGGCUCCGCUCUCCGCAGCCGCCUGCUCCGGCUGGGCCAGAUCAGAGCCGAGCAUGGAGCCUGGGGAGCCCCGGGAGCCCCGCGAGCCCGCGCCGGGGGCAGGGACCGCCGCGGCCCCGCGCUGGGAGGAAGCCAAGACUUUCCACGACAACCUCGCGCCCAAGAAGAAACCCAAAUCGCCCAAGCCUCAGAAUGCAGUCACCAUUGCUGUGUCUUCCCGAGCCCUGUUCCGCAUGGACGAGGAGCAACGGAUCUACACGGAGCAGGGUGUGGAGGAGUACGUGCGUUACCAGCUGGAACACGAGAACGAGCCCUUCAGCCCUGGGCCGGCCUUCCCCUUCGUGAAGGCUCUGGAGGCUGUGAACAGGCGGCUGCGGGAGCUGUACCCUGAGAGCGAGGACGUCUUCGACAUCGUCCUCGUGACCAACAACCACGCUCAAGUGGGCGUCCGUCUCAUCAACAGCAUCAACCACUAUGACCUGACCAUUGAGAGGUUCUGCAUGACAGGCGGGAACAGCCCCAUCUGCUACCUCAAGGCCUAUCACACCAAUCUCUAUUUGUCGGCUGAUGCAGAAAAAGUGCAGGAAGCCAUCGAUGAAGGGAUCGCAGCCGCCACCAUCUUCAGCCCCAGCAGGGAUGUGGCUGUCUCCCAGAGUCAGCUGCGGGUGGCCUUCGAUGGGGAUGCUGUGCUCUUCUCAGAUGAGUCGGAACGCAUCGUGAAGGCCCACGGGCUGGACAGGUUCUUCGAGCAUGAGAAGGUCCACGAGAACAAACCUUUGGCCCAGGGCCCCUUAAAGGGUUUUCUGGAGGCUCUGGGUAGGCUGCAGAAGAAGUUCUACUCCAAGGGCCUGCGGCUGGAGUGUCCAAUCCGCACCUACUUGGUGACGGCACGCAGUGCAGCCAGUUCUGGAGCCCGGGCUCUCAAGACCCUGCGCAGCUGGGGCCUGGAGACAGAUGAGGCCCUGUUCCUUGCGGGAGCGCCCAAGGGCCCCCUCCUGGAGAAGAUCCGCCCACAUAUCUUCUUUGAUGACCAGAUGUUCCACGUGGCUGGGGCUCAGGAGAUGGGCACAGUGGCCGCUCACGUGCCUUACGGUGUGGCGCAGACACCCCGGCGGACCACACCCACGAAGCAAACCACAUCUGCACCGUAGCUGAACCACCAGCUUUGCUGACCCACGUUGCUCCAGGCAUGGCUCCAUGUCGUACACGUCGCCCAAUGGACACUUCUAGUUCCUCACCUCUCUGCCCUUCUGCAUGUCCGCCCUCAUCCCUGUGAGUGAGGUACUUGUAGGAAAUUAGGCAGACUGGUCCGGCAUUCUCACCAGCUCCCCUUUUGGGCAAACACUGUGCCAUGAUCCUGGCUCAGAAAGUAAGACUGUGCAGAAAAGCUGGGUCUCAGGGGGAAGUUGAUGGGACUAAGGGUGAGAGGGUCAGAGCAGCAGGAUGCCUCAAGAGGAGCUUAUAAAACUAGCUCAGUGUAGUACAAAGAACACUGCUUUGAGAGAGAUGGGAUCUGGCUUCUCAACUUUGUCCUGGCAUUGUGCACGACUUUAAGUUUGAGGUGACUUUAAGGAUGAGGUGACUUCCCCCUGCGGUGCACUGGUGAACUCUCCGUCCUUGCAGGAGCCCCUGCAGCCCCUUUGUCACCACUGCCAGGGGAGAACUCUCACUGCGUGUUGAGUCAGCUUCCCCACCUUUUAGGGGGUUUUCAAACUCUCCUUUAGCUAAAGAAGCUUGGUUUUAUAAGAUUGCCCUCUUUGAAGGAAGGAUUCUGAGCCAGGGCUUCUCCUGAUACAUAUGGUACCUUUGUACAAAUUAUAGAAGGAGGCUGUCUCUAGAAUGAAUUGUGAAAAGACAGCCCUUCCUCUGGGCUGACCUAGACCACGCUGGGGCACACAGCUUGGUUAGCAGGAUAUAGGCUGGAUUUUGGCCCCUACCGGCUCCUCAGCCCAGAGGCCUUUGUCAAAUGGGCAAGGCACACAGUCAUCCACAGCAACCUUCCCUAUAAUUUUACAUGUUUGGAAACCACUGGAUGAGAUGACCUGUCUACUUCCUGUGAUGCCUUAAUCUGAGUCAUCAAGGGUCAGCUGCCAGGUGCAGGGUGUGUGGAAGGAGGGAGGGAGUGAAUUUAACCUGCAUGCAGACUCUCAUCCGUCCAACAGGGGGCACUGCAGGCCCUCCCUGGGAAGGCGCUUUACUAGGCCUGCUCAGUGCUUCCUUCGCUUUUGCUUUUUAGCCAAAGUUAAUUUGUUGCUGCCUAUCAACCCCCUCACCUCAACCCUCACUCCCUCAAUGACUGUGUCCUACUCUGCUUGCCAAGCAGCCCUGCUGGGGGGGAGAGGUGGAGAAUUGGUGUUUAGUGUUGUGAGCUCAAAUGCAAGGGGAGAAACUUUAGGGGCUGAAGUGGGAGGUGGUCCAGGCUGAGCCCAAGCGAAGGCCUGCCUGGAGUGAUAUAGGAAAUGUGGGGAGGUCAGGUCUGAUGCAGUGACUGGUUAGAGAGGAAGGAGUUGCAGUGUGCAUUAGCAAGAUUCUCCAGCUAUGGGAUUGUGAUUGGAGGUAACGAGCUCUUCGUCACUAGGAUGCUGUCAAAGGGACUCCAGGAUGAGGUGACCUCCCUCUGCGGUGCACUGGUGAACUCUCCAUCCUUGCAGGAGCCCCUGCAGCCUCUUUGUCACCACUGCCAGGGAAGAACUCUCACUGCUUGAUGAGUCAGCCUCCUCCUUUGCUGACCAGCUUGGCUUUCUCCGGAGAGAGGGUGGGACCUCCAAAGGCUGGUCCCUCAGGAAGACCCAGAAGGGGUGAGGAGACGUCAGUGGUGGGGACUGAUUGCCCAGCUUCCCGGGCGAAUCCCAGCUGUGAGCAAGCACUUUAUGAAGAAAGCCAAAGGUGUCAUUGGAGGUGUGUGCAGGGGAGCUGGAACACUUCUGGGGGCAGGAAAAGGGGUGACAGGCCACAUGAGGCCUGACCUUUAUCCUUUUGAGGACUCAGCCCAGGGUCUGAAUGGGCACAGGUUCUGGGCAGUGGAGGGCAGGAUCGUAACGUCAGAAAGAUAACGCAGGAGGGAGAACAAAGUCAGAAGACUGAGGUGGUUCUGGAAAUGAGCAACAGUUUGGGUGAGAAGAGAGUCCUGGGCUGGGCUUGUCCUGUCAGUGCUGGAGCGGCUGAGAGGCUGGCCAUGGCGAGGAAGGGCAAGGCUGUGCUGGGUGUCUGGGCACCACCAGGGGACGGGCAGGUGACGAGGAUGUCCUUGCACAGGGUCAUGCCAUCCACAGCCAGGAUCCUUCUGGCCAACAGAGGAGGCCUCAGGGCGGAGGGUCUGGUUUGGAGCUCUUUCCUCUGCCGAAGCUCCCAGCCCAGCCAGAGAUACUGUGAGACCUAAGGACAGCCUCCAGCAAACCGAAAGGAAGUGAGAGAAGGAACUCAAUCCCAGUCAGUCUUGACCUUGGCCGAACCACACAAAGGCCUGCUUCUCCUUCCUCUGGGGUCAGAAUCACCCCUUGGGGGAGCCUCCAGGGCUCACAGAGCCGGCUGGUAGCCAUGAGAAGCCUGCAAGGCUGGGCACAGCCGAGGCUCACUUCAUGGCACUAGGCUGUGUGACCAGGGUGGACACACGCGCUGCGAGGGCAGCACCGGAUGUCAUCUAAUUAAGAUGCACCGAGGGGUGCUGAGACCAAGAGGUCCUGCCCCCAGGGCCUCACCAUACACACCCCUGAUUCUUCCAGGUCUCUCAGGAAGCAGGAAAACGUGAUGUGGGAAGCAGCAAGAUAAGGCACCGUAAAAGCUGUGUAUUUCACUGGAGCACUGUUAAUAGACUUGGACAGCCCUCAGCGAUGAGAGAUGCUAGGGUCCAAAUUCUAUUAUUGAAACCAUAAAAGAGCAUUUCAGGCCUGGAAAAAAGCUUUCAGUGUCUGGAAUAAAAGGCCAGACGUCCUGGGGGCAGGCUUAGACAGCUGCCAGACACACCUUCUGAUUGUUUCAAGGGAUGAGGAGAUGUCCUGGGGAGAACAUCGCUUAUUGUAUCAGCAAGCAAAUUAAAAAGCCGGGCGAGCACCAAAGCCCCAGACCCAGCCAUGUACUGCAGCACUGGGCCCGGAGAGCCACAGCUCCUGACAUGCAGAACCCCUGGAGCCCAAAGCACGGCACCCCAACAGAGCCUGCAGAGCACGUCCCAGGAAAUUCUUGCCAGCCAAGUCCCAGACCCAGUGGAAACUGCCACUUAGCAAAACAGAAGCCCUGUUACUAUGCACUGAGAUUGCCAAGGUCACUGCAAAAUAGCCCUCUCUGCUUUCUGAGAGCCCAAUCAGAAUGAUGGGGAUGUAGCAGAAGAAGUUGAAACCAGCAAGAAGUGUAAAUCCAAGCUGGAUCCAGCAUUAUAAUGAUACUCAACUGGUGUGCACCAGUCCAGCUAAACUGGCGAUUAAAAUAUUGAAAUGCCUCCAUAACGGUUGUGAAUAGCGCUGGCCUGAGCCCCUGACUUCCCCCUCCCCAUGGCCUCAGCUGCCCUGGCCCCUUCGUCUUCCCACGAUCCAGCAAAAAGGGGCUCUGGGAGUCUGUGCCAACAUGAUGGCCAGUGUCCACUCUGUUUGGGGGUCCCCUGGCCAUGCUGGCUUAGAGAGAUUAAGUAAGUUGCCCGAAGUCACACAGCUGGUAAGUGGCAGUGGGAGGACUCAAGCUCAUGUCUGUCUGAUGCUGGGACUCAGGCCCUUAACUCUUUUGCCAUACGGCCCAUAGGUGCAUAGACGUAGCAAGAGAAGCUUCAUAGCAAUGGCGUUCCCUUGACAGUCUGUUAACGUGUUGACCGCCUGCAUGUUAAUAUACUAUGAUAGACUCGAGAGGGUACAUCUUUGUUGUAGCUUUCUAAAUAGCUCGGAGGAAUUUAAACUAGGGCCAAACAUUUGCAGAUAUUCUAAAGCACCUCCAGACAACCCCUAGUUCUGUAGAACCCAGUUCUUAUUGGGUUAAUGCUGGGUUUGGCAAGCAAAGCUCCUUGGCCAAAUAUAGCCCACCACGUUUUUGCAAAGAAACUUUUAUUGGAAUACAGUCAUGCCCAUUUGUGUACAUCUGUCUUCAGCUUUCAAACUAUAGCAAUGGAGUCGAAUUGUUUCAACAGAGACCAAGGAGCUGGAAAUAUUGGGUCAGCCAGAAAGUUCGUUU